AUGGCGACUGUGGAGGCAGCUGCCCCAUGGCCAGAAGGAGAAAGUCUACUGGAUGCAUUGACCUACGAUGAUGUGGAUGUGAAAUUCACUGUGGAAGAGUGGGCUUUGCUGGAUCCUGCCCAGAAGAGUCUCUACAGAGAGGUGAUGCUGGAGACCUGCAGGAACCUCACUGCCAUAGGUUACAAUUGGGGAGAUCAUACGAUUGAAGAGAAUCUUCAAAGUUCUAGAAGAUAUAGAAGGCAUGAGAAAACUCAUACUGGAGAGAAACGUCAUGAAUGUAUUCAAUGUGGUAAAGGCUUUAGGCAGCACAGAUAUCUUCAAAUGCAUGAAAGAAUUCAUACAGGAGAGAAACCUUAUGAAUGUAACCAAUGUGGUAAAGCCUUUGCAUGGCACAGGGAUCAUCAAAGGUAA